AUGAGGUACAGGCGCUCACAGCUUCACUUCAUCCUGCUAUUGCUCGCAUACUACUGCCCCACCCACAUCGCUGCCAACGGCAAUGGAACCACAGUCCAGUGCCUCCCUGGUCAGGCUUCGUCUCUACUCCAGCUCAAGCACUCCUUCCACAACCCAAACCUCUCGUCUUGGCAGCAUGGCACGGAUUGUUGCCACUGGGAGGGUGUUGGCUGCGACAUGGCCUCCAGUCAGGUGAUCACUUUGGACCUCAGUUAUCGUGACCUACAGAGCACCAGAGGUCUCAGCCCAGCACUAUUCAACCUCACCUCUCUUAGAAACCUAAGCCUAGCAUCCCAACUCAGCCUAUACACUUCCUUCUCAAGACUCCAGUCCCUCCAGAAGAUCAGACUUUCACAAAAUAGUAUCUCCGGCGAGGUUCCUGAGUUCCUUGCUGCCUUCUCUUCCUUGAGUACCCUUGAUCUAUCUGAUAAUGAAUUUGAAGGGCAGUUUCCCACAAAGAUAUUCCACCUAAAAAAGUUAAGGUCAAUUGACUUGUCUUUGAACACUAGGCUUUUCGGGCACCUACCAAAUUUCCCAGUUCAAAAUAGUUUGGAGUUACUUGAUCUUACGGACACCAACUUCACUGCAUCAAUACCAGACUCUUUUGUCAACCUCAAGUUCUUGAGAUCCUUGGCGCUCAGCAUGAGAGAACUUGCCGAUGGCACUAUCCCUUUAACAUUCAAGCUUCCUAGCUUACAGUUCCUGUCACUCCAUGGGUCAGGCUCGGAGAAGCCAAAUUUCUCUUGGAUCGGCAAUCUUGAGCGUUUAAGAUACUUGGACCUGGAACACUACAACUUGUCCAGUCCAAUAACUUCUUGGGUUGGCAACCUUACAAGUUUGACAAGUUUGUUGCUUCGAGAUUGCAGCUUAUAUGGGAGGAUACCCAUCUGGAUCGGCAACUUAACAAAUCUUUCUAGGCUAUAUCUUACCAGCAAUAACCUCCAAGGUGACAUUCCAAAAUGUUUGUUCAAUCAUCCAAAGUUGGGAGAACUGAACUUAGGAUCAAAUCAACUUUCUGGUCAUCUUGUGGAUGUUUCUGCACCUCGAUCUUCACCUUUAUAUUACAUUGUGUUAAGUUAUAAUCAGCUAAGUGGCCACAUACCCAAAUCAUUCUUUCAGUUGACAAAACUAGAAGAUAUUCUGCUUGAAUCGAAUAAACUGGAGGGCGCUGUGGAGCUUAGCCUUCUUUCAGGACUGAAAUAUCUAGAACUGUUGAGCCUUUCUGACAACAUGCUAUCAGUAACAGAUGGAGAAUAUCCAUUUCCUUCCCUGCCAAACAUGCAAAACCUAUACCUUGUGUCUUGCAACCUUGCAAAAAUACCAAGUAUGUUGAGGCAUCAAUAUGAGAUGGAUGAUGUUGACCUUUCAAACAAUAAUAUAGAUGGAGUUAUACCAUGUUGGUUGUGGGAGAAUGGGGAGAACAGUAUCCGGUUCAACCUUUCACACAACAUGUUCACUAGCCUGGAGAAGUGUACACUACUUAAUCCUACCAUGAGGAGUUUGGGUUUUCUUGAUCUUAGUUCCAAUAGACUUGAAGGGAAUUUACCAAUACCACUCAUAUCCAGUACAUUCGGUGGAGUUUUGUUAGAUUAUUCCAAUAACAGCUUCUCUUCAAUUACACCAGCCGUGGAUAUGCAUAUCAACAACUCCAUCAAGCUAGAUUUGUCCAAGAAUAAACUAAAUGGUGAUAUACCAACUUCAAUUUGUGGUGGAAACUAUGAAAUCCUAGACUUGUCAUACAACAACCUUACUGGCCCGAUUCCAGCCUGCCUAAUUCAACAUGGCAAUAUGAAAGUAUUGAAGAUGAGAAAGAACCAAUUACAUGGGAUACUUCCUGAAAAUAUUGGAGAAGGUUGUAUGCUUCAGACAAUAGAUUUGAACAGCAACCUAAUUGAAGGGAAAAUACCCAGAUCACUCUCUAACUGCAGAAGCUUAGAGGUCUUUGACAUAGGUAACAAUCAUAUUGUUGAUUCUUUCCCGACCUGGUUGGGCUCCAUUUCCAAUCUUCGAGUUCUCAUCUUGAGAUCCAACCAAUUCUAUGGUUCAAUUGGGAGUCUUACAAAAGGUGUUGCUGCAAGAAAAAUUUUCUCAGGAAUGCAAAUUGUUGAUUUGGACUCAAAUAACUUCUCUGGGAGCUUGAGCUCAAAAUGGUUUGACAUGCUACAAACAAUGAUGGCAAACUCUAGUGGUGAGGGUAAUGCUCUGGCCUUUGAUAGUAGUUUUCUUGGGGAUCAAUACUACCAAGAAAUUCUCACAUUUAAAGGGAUUGAACUUACAUUUACCAAGAUCCUGACCACUUUCAAGAUGAUCGAUUUCUCAAACAACGCUUUUGAUGGUCCCAUCCCAGCCUCUGUUGGAAAGCUUAUUGUUCUUCAUGGUCUGAACAUGUCACAUAACGCCUUCACCGGAAGAAUCCCAUCAAAGCUUGGUGACUUGGCACAACUCGAGUCACUGGACCUCUCCCAGAACAAGCUCUCAGGGGUGAUUCCACGGGAUCUAACCAGCCUAACAUAUCUCGCGGUGCUGAAUCUCUCCUACAACAGUUUGACCGGAAUGAUACCAGAAGGGCAGCAGUUCUCGUCAUUUACCAACAGUUCAUUCCAAGGCAAUGAAGGACUGUGUGGAAGGCCACUUUCCAAACAGUGCAACAGUUCAGUUACGGGAACUCUCAACUCAUCGGUGUCUUCACAAGACAGUGUUGGAACCAUAGUGUUGUUUGUGUUUGUGGGAUCCGGCUUCGGAGUUGGCUUUGCGGCGGCAGUUGUGUUGUCAGUGGUUUGGCAGGCUAAACGUUGGAACUGCAAUUGUUUCCCCGUUCCACCAGUGACCAUGAUAUGA